AAACACAUCGACGACCCGCAUAUCAAGCCAUCCCCCGACGACCCCAACGCGAUGGUGAACAUUCCCAAGACUCGACGGACGUACUGCAAGGGCAAGACGUGCAAGAAACACACCCCACACAAGGUCACCCAAUACAAAAAGGGCAAAGAUUCGCUCUUUGCACAGGGAAAGCGCCGUUACGACCGUAAGCAAUCAGGUUAUGGUGGUCAGACGAAGCCCGUGUUCCACAAAAAGGCUAAGACCACCAAGAAGGUUGUCCUCAGAUUAGAGUGUACUGUCUGCAAGUACAAGAUGCAACUAGCAUUGAAGCGUUGCAAACACUUCGAGCUUGGUGGUGAGAAGAAGACCAAGGGUGCUGCCCUCACUUUCUGAGCGUUUGGAGUCUCGCCUUUCAUAUGCCUUUGCUAUGUAUCCUAGUGCCAUCAUGAUCAUCAAUGCAAAUGUUAUGCAGGAUUCCACAUCUGUUCAG